UGAAAAAGAAAACACGACCUGCAUUUUGCCUUAAACAAGCGUGUUUGGCGCAAACGAUUGCAAGUACACCGCCGCUCGCACCCAAAUCAUAUACUCCUGGUAUGACGCAAAACGGUUUAGGAGAACAAAAUCGUCAUGGUGGCGAAGGUCCCAGCUACCGAAGCUCGCGCGUGCCCGGCAGCGGCGUGUUUCUGCUCAUGGACGCUGCGAAGAGCGCGGCGCGUGCCUCUGGGGUCGAGGUGGUGGACUUGUCCAUUGGCGCCAGCGACCUCGCGCCCCCGCCCGAGGCGCUGGCAGCGCUGAAGGACUCCAUUGACGACCCCACCACCCACAGCUACUGCCUCAAGAGUGGCACCAUGCCGCUGCUGGAGGCGGCUUGCAAGUGGUACGGCGAGCGGUACGGCACACAGCUGGAUCCAAACUGUGAGGCGCUCAGCCUCAUCGGCGCGCAGGAGGGCCUGGGGCACGCGCUGAUGGCUGUGGCUGACGCGGGCGACGGCAUCCUCAUGACCAGUGUGGCCUACCCCUCGUACUUUGGAGCGGUCCGGGUGGCGGGCCUGGACCCCAUCUACAUGCCGCUGGGCCCCGACUUCCUGCCGCGACUGGACGCCAUCGCGCCCGCCGACUUGGCCCGCAGCCGCGUGCUGCUGCUCAACUACCCCAACAACCCCACCUCCGCAGUCGCCAGCGCCGCCUUCUUCCAGGCCGCCAUCGACCUGUGUCGGCGCCACGGCAUCCUGCUCAUCCACGACAACCCAUACGUCGACCUGGUGUUCGGUGAGGAGCCGUCGCCCUCGCCGCUGUGCCUGCCGGGCGGACGCGACUGUGUGCUGGAGCUGUUCUCAUUCGCCAAGAGCUACCAUCUGGGCGGCUUCCGGCUCGGCUUUGCGCUGGGCAACCGCAACGCCAUUGCCUCGCUCGAAGCGCUCAAGGCGCCCAUCGACUUCAACCAAUACAAGGGCAUCAUGCGUAUGGGUGUGGCGUGUCUGCAGCUGCCGCAGGAGCGCGUGCGGAGCGACGCGGGCGUGUGGGCGGCGCGGGCGGCUGCCAUGGUGGAGAGCCUGCGGCGGGCGGGGUGCGGCGAGGUGGACAUGCCCAAGGCCUGCAUGUACGUGUGGCUGCGGCUGCCGGCGGGGGUGGACGACGUGGCCUUCUGUCAGCGCCUGGUGGCGGACACGGGGAUAGCGCUCAGCCCGGGGCGGGGCUUCGGGCCGGGCGGCGCCGGGUUCGUACGGGUGGCGCUGGUGCAGCCGGAGGGGGUGUUGGCGGCGGCGGCGGAGAAGAUCGCGGCGGCCAUGCGUGCGGCCAAGGCGGCGCUGGCGUAAGGCGUGAGAGGGCGUGGGGCGUGGGAGGGCGUAGGGCGUGAGAGGGCGUGGGGCGUGGGAGGGCGUGGGUACAAGUUGUAGAAUAUUGUGGAUGUGCUUGUAUGCUGCAUGUGGGCUUCAGGGAAAGGAGGGAGUGGAGGGAUCUGGAGAGCGAGAAUGAGUGAGAGAGGGGAGAGUUGGGAGUGCCAGAUAAAAGCGAGAAAGGUGCGGGUUGGAUGAGGAAGCGUGCUGAGGCUGCAUGUGCGCGAUGUAUUGAUAGCAUGUUCUGUGCAGUAUACAUUCGGGCCGGGAGUGCGAGAGCGGGCUACACAUUGGGCAAGACUGGCAGACUCAAGAGUGGAAGGGUCCAUUGCGCCACUGGGCCCUACUGGGCCUUCGUGCCAAUGCCCAUACACUGCUGCGCCACGCGGCUCAACAGGGUGUUGCAGACAGGUACAGCGCAGAGGCUGCAUAACAUAUGACUGGUACGGUCGUACCAUGGACGGAAUGUUGACCGCAUGGUGUUUGUAAGCCACGCGUGCAUGGCUGCACGCAAAGGUGUCCGGGUAGGUGUGUGCAGAGCAACGCGUACGGCGCGCACGGUACCGUAAAGGAUGCGCCCGCAGGUGUGCGUGGGGGGGGGGGCUCAGAGCCUGUCAGAGGGCCAGGGAUGUAGGGGCAUCCCAGGCACCCCGUGGCUCGGUCGUUCAAAGGAGAGCGUGCACGGAGCGGGGUUAAGUAUAAAUGGCGACGA